AAUAAACAACCAUCUGUUGCCGAUGAGAGCAAUUGAAACAGAAGAUUGUUGACUUAAAAAUCGAUCAUAAUCUUAACAGUUACACUACAAUCAUACGUGGCUUUGCCUCGUUGUCUUAAAAUUCAAGAACGUUUUAAGUGAUAAAAACCAAGCAACGUCAAACAAUUGAUUGUGCUGUGAAUUUCUGGAUUUAUAAAAUGGAGCUUCAUUUUUGGAUGGUUCUGGUGCAGAUUAUGACUUUGGAAGUGAUUUGGGGGAAAAUAGGAUUUAAAAAAGACUUAAAUAUGAACGUGGAAUUCCCACCUACUAUAAUACGACACAGAAAUGAGAAUAUUCCAGCCGGACAUCUUAGACCCCUCGGCUGGCAAAGAAGACCAGAGGGCAAGAUCACAGAAGAAAAAGAAAUGUUAAAACCCCAGAAGUUUUAUUCUCGUUUUGUAAAGAACAAGAAGCCUGUUGUAUUUCGUGGAGUCGCUGAUGAAGUUCCUGCAAUGAAACAAUGGGAGAAAGAUUCAACCUUAGAUAAGAAGUAUGGUAAAUUAGAUGUUAUGGUAACAGUAAAAAACUCAAUGUUGAAAUCGACCGGGCCGAUCAAACUCAAACUGAAGAAAUUCUUGAGGGAGUACGAAUACGAGAACUGGUACUUAGCUACUACAACUCCACAUGAGAUGAUGCAUGAACUCUUGUUGCCCAAGUGCCUGCGAUGCAGCACCAUGAGAAAGAACCUCGUUGAGAGUGAAGUUUGGAUGUCUUCUGGUGGAACAAGUUCUACGCUUCAUUACCACGCAGACCAUGACAUUCAUUGUAUAUUAGAUGGGCGCAAAGAUUUCAUCCUCAUCCAUCCAAAAUAUAAAUCUGAUAUUACUUUUGUUGAGAAGAGUCCACAUUCAGGCUCUGGUCACUCAACGGUAGACGUGGAUAUGGUAAACGCAUUCAAAGACUCAAAACUUGCUGCGACUCCAUGGCACUACACCACACUUCUUGCUGGGGAUUGCAUCUUCAUUCCAGCAGAUUACCUACAUCAAGUACGCUCUUAUGGGCGAAGCAUUUCCUAUACAGUUCUGUGGUCCCCCACACCCAAGGUUGACAUCAAGGACUGUAACGAAGAAGUCGAAAAUAAAUUCACUUUGCUUACCGAUGCUUCAUUUAUGUGGACUUUCGCCGAUGGUGACAAGUUGUUGUUCAACUCUAGACUAAAUCCAGAAAGUACAAGGCAACAUCUUCUUGGUUUGAUGAGGACUGAUAGCGAACUGUAUUAUGAUCGCUUUCAUCUAUUCUACAACGAAUCUCUUAGCGAGGUACGAGAUGCACCAGAUUCAUCGGAAGUGUUUAAGAGCCUUGACCCAAACAACCAGGGUUUCAUAACCAGAGAAGCCGUUGAGAAGUUGGACAACAUGCGACUCCAAGAACUAGCAGAUGUCCUCAACAGAGCCCAUGCCCAUGGUCAUAAACACGACGAACUCUAAAGCCCAACAAAUACCAAGAUGGAACCUCUAUAGAUAUAUGUUUGGACACAUAUUUGAACUAGAUCUAAAUUAGACUUAUUCCUAGAGGCAGUGAUCUGGAAUAUGAAACCGUUAACCGUUGACGGAUAUUUCAUACGUUAUUUGCCCGUUUUUGUACCUAGAUUAGUGAUGUACCAUUUCCGGGGUACCAUUAUUGUCAAUUCAUCUGUAUGAACCAGUCGUCAGCAGUUGUAUUCGUUAUCGUCAUUUAUUAUAAUUGUUGUACAGAACAGUUUUCUUCAUCUUUAGCCAUCCUUUGUAAGGAUACUCCAUUUAGGCUUUAGCCAGUAGUGCAUGUGGGAAGGGAAUCCUUUAAUAUGUAAUAUUGUCUAAAAUCUCAAAAAUGUCAUUAUAGGAUGCAUAUUCUCUCCUAUUCGAUAACCCUAGGAUGAAGAAAAGAACGUUUCCAUGAAAUCAAACAAGUAUGACUAUCCCUUGGAUCUCACAAGCUUUAGAUAAAGAUAAACUCUGAUAAAUCAAAAUGCGAAAAUAUAUUAAUAAAUGGAAGGUGGCAUUUGUUUCCGAUCUUAUCAUAUAUUUAUAUUUUGUAUUGAGUUGAAGCUGGUGGGAAUUUAAUCGUUGAGAUAUUUGUAGAUGUGUUUAUUUUUGAGAUUUCCUCUUUAAUUCUUCAUGCUUGAUUUCCUUAAUCUUUCAUUUUGUGAGGGAUAUUUGUUUUUGAACAAUCGGACUUAUAGUUAUUUAGAAUUUAUUCUUUAAUACUUCUGAUUUUACGUUUUAGUCAUCCGAAUUUGUCAUGCGAACUAUGUGAUUUAGGAAUAAAUUAUGUAUAAGCAAGG